UAAAGAAUGUCAAAAAUCCACAGUUAAAAAGAUCACACAAUCAAACAAAAUGGACGAAAUUGAUUACAGCAUAGCGUGCAAUGAGUCAUCGAAAGAAAAUAUAAACAUGAAGAAUAGCUCUUCGAUUUCAAUAAGUAGUUGCAAUAAUUAUACGAACCAUACCGAUUUGUACUUAGAAUCUACAAUUUUGUACGAUGUACCCAUCAGCAUUAUUGUUCUUCUGUCGAUGUUCUACGGAACGAUUUCCGUUAUGGCUGUGGUUGGCAACGCUUUAGUCAUAUGGAUAGUGACGUCAAGCCGACGGAUGCGCAACGUCACCAACCUGUACAUAGCGAAUUUGGCUCUUGCCGAUAUCGUAAUUGGACUGUUUUCAAUACCUUUUCAAUUUCAAGCGGCUCUGUUGCAACGGUGGAACCUGCCCGCGGUGAUGUGCCCGUUCUGCCCGUUCGUGCAGGUGCUCUCGGUCAACGUGAGCAUAUUCACCCUGACCGCGAUCGCGAUCGAUCGUCACCGGGCCAUCCUCAGUCCGCUCAGUGCAACACCGUCGAAGUUCCGUGCGAAAAUGUCAAUAGCCGCCAUAUGGGCAAUAGCAUUCGCGCUCGCCACGCCGAUGGCCGUCGCCCUCAGGGUACAGUUGAUCGAGUACGGGGACGGAGACGGCCGAAAGUUGGUGAAACCGUUCUGCUACAAUGUCCGACUUCCUGAAAGGACCAUGCUUUUCUACAGGGUAACGCUACUGUUCGUCCAGUACUUGGUACCCGUGGUCAUCAUAACGGUCGUCUACAUGCGAAUGGCGUUACGGUUGUGGGGAUCACACGCGCCGGGCAACGCGCAAGACAGCAGAGACGCAAAUUUGAUGCGUAACAAAAAGAAAGUAAGUGUACGCGAUGCCGAAAGCGUUGACUCGGAAAAAAAUAAAACGAAACGAAUAAAAUGUACCGUACGCCAAAACGGUACAACACGAAAGACAUAUUAUAACCCGCUAUUGUGGUCCGGCCGCGUUUGUGACCACCUGGCGAUAACACUACCCGUUCUUGGUCACGUCAGGAAUCCACAACUUACCAACCGCUUUUCAAAAAAAGUUACACUGCACAGUCAGAAUUUCAGAACCACUGAGAACCGUCUAAGGGACGGAGGAACAAAGUUUAAAGUUAUAAGGAAACUUCUAAAUUCGCGCUUCUUAAAAUAUAUUACCAAUACAACUUUUUUUCGGAAGGAAAUAAUGGUUCACUCUGACUUUUCGUGUGUGUAUCAUCGCUAUUCUUCUAACAAAAAAAAGAAAAAAUACAUUUACUUUUAUUCACUAGUAUAA